AGCAGAAGAAAUGCCUGUGGGCCACCAUCAGCAUUGUGACAAGUGUUACAAUGUCCACUGUCAAGUCCCAGUGCAGAUUUCUGUCUCAUGCAUGAUCAUAAAGUGUCAUAAAAACUGUGGCGCCAUCCUCCAUGUCUGCAAGCAAGAGGAGCACCAGCUUCUUUGCCCAAAUGAGACGACUCCUUGUCUCAAUGUCAACUAUGGCUGUCCUCUUAUCAUGCCGCGCCAUAGGCUGGCCAAACACCUGGAAGUCUGUCCUGCCAGCGUGGUCUGCUGCUCUCAGGAGUGGAACCGCUGGCCUAUUUCAGAAAAUGAUCUGAUCUUCUACAAAAAUAUUUCAGAAAACCCUCAAACUAAAAUAAACCUUGAUGUUGCUUUGGCACUCAGGGACCAAGAGCUUCUGUUUCAAUCCAUCAAAAUGAAGAACAUUUACCCUGAGUUGAUGGUGGAGGAUCCUGCCCUCCAGGAUAUGUCUACAGGUGUCAGCAGUCCUGCAGAGGAGGCAACCUGUUCUUUAGAUUGUGGUGAACUGACAGAAAAUGGCUGCACAAGGAUGAAGGAGAAAGAAGCAAGUCAAGAGGAGAGGGAUGCUUUGGCAAAGAGCAGGGACGGGGACAGUAUUCAAAACUAUAGGUCCUGGGAGAAAAUAUUCAAGAAGGAGAUGGAGGGAUGCAAGCAAACUGUCAAAAACCUGAAUAAGGAGAAAAAAGGAAAGGAAAAGGAAGAGCAAGAAUCAUCAAACUGUCAGCGGGAAACACACUUGAGCCGAGACAAUUCUGCUGCUGCUGCUGCUGCUGCUGCUGCUCCAAGCAUGGAUGGUGCAACUGGCUUUGCCCCAUGGCAAGACGGGGUCCUUGAGAGGUUAGGCAAGGAAUUCAACAUUGCUGAAUAUAACAUGUAUCUGGUGCACAAUGGGGCGAUGUUGAUUAACUUUGGCCAACUUCCUGCUUGCACCCCAAGAGAAAAGGAUUUUGUUUAUGGCAAUCUGGAGCCCAUAGAGGUUAAAACUAUCCGCUCGUUUAAUGUUCCUACCAGCUAUCGAGCUAGGCGCAGUCACCUGAAGGACCCCGCACACAAAGCAAAGACCACACACCAGAGUGUUGACACUGCAGAUUUGGGCAUGUCAGUUGAGGAUCUUCCGAAGGGUGAUGAGGUUAGAGCCACACUCCUGUGCUCCCUGGAAAAGGAACUAAAAGGACAUUUAAUCUCAGAGAGCGGGUCGACAGAUGGUCUUUAUGUAGAUAUUGGAACGCAAACAUACGACUUUGCCUCUGCUCCGUUCAAAACAGAUGCAUCGCUUGCUGACGUCAUGGCAGACAAACCUGAUGGGCUUUAUGUACAUGUCGAAGCAGAAUCUGUCACCAGAAGACAUAACAAAUCAAGUUCAGCCUUUAGCUACAUGUGCGGCCACUUAUUUCGGCGUGAUGAAUACCGCUCUCAUUUCAGGAAUGUACACUCUGACAUACAGGCCUCUCUGAGCGGCUGGUUCCAACAACGCUGCCCCUUAGCUUACCUCGGCUGCACUUUCAGCCAGACGAGGUUUCAGCCUGCAGGUCACCAAGCUACUAUUAAAUUCUGCCAAGAUGUCAGCGCCGUUGUCCUCCAGCCAGAAGUCUCUUCCCUCUGUGAAGGCGAGAAAACCUUCAGCCCUCACAGAAAUGGUGCACAUAAUCUGGAUCCCCUGAGCAGCCUGCCCCUGGAGAUCCUUCAGCACAUUGCUGCUUACCUUGACAGUUUUACAUUAUCUCAGCUGUCCCAGGUCUCCCAUCUGAUGAGAGAUGUGUGUGCUACAUUGUUGCAGGAGAGAGGGAUGGUGUCCCUCAAGUGGGUCAAAAAGACAUAUUCCCACGGGGGAAGCUCCUGGAAAUGUCGAAAGAAAGUUUGGGAGUUCAGCUCUCUGUUUUCGUCUGUGGACAGAUGGAGAUUCAGCAAUACUCCUUCCAUGUCAGAUCACCUGAAAACCUGUUCCUUCUACCAGAGAGAUGAGAAGACGGAGCCGGUGGCUUUAGUCUGCCUGGGAGAGGUCAGAGACAAGUAUGCAGUAGUAAAGCAUUAAACAUAAUGCACAUGGUCCCAUAGCUCAGUGGGCGGACCACAACCUGAGUGAUGCCAUGUUUAGACUCUCUCUGUAAGCACCCAAAAAACUGUAAAUUCGAUAAACCCUCCACAUAAAUACCUACUGUACAGAAACUGAAGCGAAACUGUGUGCUGAAGCCCCGCGGACAAAUAUUGUACAGUAUAUGUGGAGAAUUCACUUUAGCAUAAACUGCAAUUUCUUAAGAUUUUGAUGUGAUUU